CUAUAUUUAAAUAUUUUAUUCUUACAAAUUGUUUUAUAUUCAAAUAAUCUCGAUUUGUAUUCUUUUAUAUCCGCUUCUUUUUUUUUAAUUUUAACAGAUGGCUCAAAUACCACGUUUAUCUGAUGAUGUUCUCUAUAUUAUUUCUGAAAAAUUACUUUUUAAAAAAUUUUGUCGUCAAGUUGAUUUGUGCGAUACAAAUGGCUAUACUCUUUUUAUGUUUCACAGUGUGAAAAAUAUGAGAGCUUUGCUUUCUCAUUUUUCUAAAAUGAAGCAUCUAGAUCUUUCUGCUUCUGACAAUGAUUUUGUUAUUAAACUUUACAAAGAAGAAAUUCCAGUACCAAAACAUAUGGUGAAUGUUGUUUAUUUAAAAAAUUAUUUUUUCUUUCCCUUCCUGAUAAAUUGA